GCCUUGCGAGGGGGGCGCGCUCGCCAAACAAAGGCAGGCAGGGCGCGCAGGCACGGGGGGGGGGGGGACCCGGCGGAGACCCCCACCAGGGAGCUCGCGGACGAAGCCAGCCCGGAGGAGAGCGCGGGUCCGGCGGGUGGGCGAGAGGCGCUUUGGGUGAGCCGGCAGCCGCCUGGCCCUCGGCGCGCCACCAUGGCCAUCGCCCACAUCGCCACCGAGUACGUCUUCUCGGACUUCUUGCUGAAGGAGCCGUCGGAGAGCAAGUACAAGGGGCUGCGGCUGGAGCUGGCCGUCGACAAGCUGGUCACCUGCAUCGCCGUCGGGCUGCCCCUGCUGCUCAUCUCGCUGGCCUUCGCGCAGGAGAUCUCCAUAGGUAAGGGGGCUGCUGCCCCGCCCCGGGGCUGGCACCGCCCGCAGGCGAUGGAGGGGCCGGGCCUGGGGAGAGAUAGGCACGCAUGCUUAGGCACGCACCUUGCGACGGGGGGGGGGGAGCGGCUGUACCACUCCGGGCUGCAGGGGCGGUAGGAAUGUGACUGUACCGCAGCAGCCAAUUCCGAGCAUCUUUCCUCCCACCCCCCAAUAAAAUAUUUGACGCACAAGCACAGUCGCAUAGUUGAUGGGCAUUGCCAUUCAAGGGAUGUGCGUGUCACAUGAUCGAUUAUUUGGGGCGGGGCUUACCUGACCACCACCACCACCUGCCUUAAUAUUUUAUUCAAGUUGGCACCCCUGGACUGUACCACUCCAGACUGCAGGUUAUGGCUUUUCAAAUUACUAUGGAUUCUGAAGGUUGCAAAAGCAAAUAAUCGGAGCUGUUCUCAAUGUAAGGACACUUGCAAUGCAAUCCUAAUCAUAACUCCCUGACCCUAGUCAAUUAAUCCAAUGGGUUUUAAUGGAUUAAAUCUGUGCAAAGGUGCAUAGAACUGAAACAAGUUUUAUUGGAGUGGGGAAGCAGAGGCAUUGUAGACUGGGGAAAUCAUUAUUAAUACGUUUAUAUCACAACUUUCAACUAUUGGUAUUCCUCCUGCCCAUUUUAUUCCCACAACAACCUUGUGAGGUAGGUCAGGCUGAGAGAUAGUGACUGGCCCAGCAUUUCCCAGUGAGUUUCUGGCCGAGUGAGGAUUUGAACCCUGGUUGCCUGGAUCCUAGUCCAGCACUUUAACCACUACACCACACUGCCUCAUCUAAUACCAUAAGGAAAAGGUAUUAGAACAGGUCAGGAAAUACGUUUAUUAGAAUGAAUGAAUGAAUGCAUUGCAUCAACCACUUAGAGGUUUUGACUUUUAAGCGGUAUAUAAAAACUGCUAAAUAAAUCUUAAGUCCCAAAGUGCUUUGAGAAGAAGUAAAUGGACAGACAGACAAGGCAUUUUAUUUUAUCACAUUUAUUUAAAGUUUUCAGCCUUUUGUCCUCCCAAAGUUGUGUUCGAAGCAUUCUAAGGCACAUUAUUUAAAAGCAGCAAGUUAAAACUUCUGCAGCCUCCCUAAAAAUGAGCAGCGUUUUGUGAAAAGCUCUUAAAUCAGUUUUUGUUUUAAUUCUUUGUCUGUCUGCCUCCCUCAUCUUUACACUUCCACUGUCAGUUCAAAGUCCUGCUUUAUAUAUAUCUGGGUGUGGAUACGGGAAGUGCUGCCCUUUGAUGCAUGACUCAACAAAAAGCCACUUACGCUGCAUUUUAAUAGCCCUGAAGCAUUGUUUUGCAGGUUUUUUUAAUCAGAGAAUUAUGCCACAGAGAAGGUGCUGUAGUUACAGUGUUGGCCUAAUACCACAGAGGCCAAAGUUCAAAUCCUCAGACAGCCAUGAAGAUCACUUGGGCCAGUGAGUCACCGUCCCUCAGCCUGACCUACAUCUCAGGGAGAUGGGAAAACACCACUGUAUGCCACUUUCAGCAACUUGGAUAAAAGAUGGGAUGAAGGGUAAAGGUGAAGGGACCCCUGACCAUUAGGUCCAGUCAUGGCCGACUCUGGGGUUGCGGCGCUCAUCUCGCUUUAUUGGCCGAGGGAGCCGGUGUACAGCUUCCGGGUCAUGUGGCCAGCAUGACUAAGCCGCUUCUGGUGAACCAGAGCAGCGCACGGAAACGCCGUUUACCUUCCCAUCAGAGUGGUACCUAUUUAUCUAUUUGCAGUUUGAUGUGCUUUUGAACUACUAGGUUGGCAGGAGCAGGGACUGAGCAACGGGAGCUCACUCCAUCGCGGGGAUUUGAACUGCCGACCUUCUGAACAGCAAGCCCUAGGCUCUGUGGUUUAGACGGAAUAAAUACACAAAUAAUAAUCACAACAUUUUCAUUUUGAAAAGGGGAUUUUUCUUUUAUGCAGGUCAACAUUUUGACGAAGCCCAAAUCAGCUUCAUUGCUUGAGCACUUCUCACAUUCCAGGGCAUGCCUGUACCAAUAUCCUUUGUUGCGUGCCUCUUACUUUCAGUUCCAUAACAGCUGUUGCUCCUCCUUGUCUCAAUGCUGAUAUCGUCACAUGAUUUCUUUAUAAGCCACGCUUCAUCCUCUAGGGCUUCUGCAUGGAUUGUUGUUUGUUGGUAGCUAUGGCUGUUUUCCUUUAUUGUAAAGCUGCUUCGAGGAAAGGAGAAACAGAUGCCAAUGUUUUAAGUACUGGAACCGAUGGAUUUUUGAGACAGAAGACAAAACUUGCAUCAUCUCCUGGAACAAAAACAGGGAGAAAAAUUGUAGGGCUUCAAGAUUUCUGGUGAUUGUCUAGUCCAGUGUUAUCCAAACUCACUUGCCAACAAAAGGAUUCCUUGUUUGGGACCCAGCUGCCUGGUCCCUCCCUGUGACCUAGAAUCUAUUGAACAUGUUAUUCCCAUUGUCUGCAGAUCCCGCCAGUAACCCACCCAACCCCCCAAGACUCCAGUGACCUAUUUAUUCUCAACCAAUCACUCACGAAUCACAAAUCCAAUCCACACAACGUAGCAAUCUUGGCCCUCGUAUUUUUUAGCGCAUAUGGAGAAGAGAUCAGUUUUAGUGCUUCUGUCCUUUUAAGAGCUCUGUAUGUAUACUAUGGGACGCGGGUGGCGCUGUGGGUUAAACCACAGAGCCUAGGACUUGCCGAUCAGAAGGUCGGCGGUUCGAAUCCCCGCAACGGAGUGAGCUCCCGUUGUUCAGUCCCUGCUCCUGCCAACUAGCAGUUCGAAAGCAUGUCAAAGUGCAAGUAGAUAAAUAGGUACUACUCCGGCAGGAAGGUAAACGACGUUUCCAUGCGCUGCUCUGGUUCGCCAGAAGCUGCUUAGUCAUGCUGGCCACAUAACCCGGAAGCUGUACGCCGGCUCCCUUGGCCAAUAAAGCGAGAUGAGUGCCACAACCCCAGAGUCUGCCACAACUGGACCUAAUGGUCAGGGGUCCCUUUACCUUUAUGUAGAAUAUAUAAUAUCAGCAUGCUGCAGGGGUUUGAAUAAAAUACUCUGUGGUGGAAGGAAGCUGGCCACCCUGCAGUUCAGUGAUGACUAAACAUAGUCAGUAGUCACAGAAUGCUGACUAGAGGAGAAUCCAAAGGAGGCCUAAGUCACGAUCCUGUCAAGUUUUUCCUUGCACAGUGGGACUUCCCCACUCCCUCCCCCUGUGGACUAUUGAAAUCUGCUCUCUGGGUUCUCCCACUGGAACAGAUUUGGGAUGGGUGUGGGGCACACACAGGGGAGAGGAGGGGGAUUCCGUUGUGCAAGUGGAAAUCCUUGUGAUGGCAUAAUGGUUACUUAGCACUGUGUAUACCUAUUCAAAGGGAUGCAGUGGCGCUGUGGUCUAAACCACUGAGCCUCUUGGGCUUGCCGAUCAGAAGGUUGACGGUUCGAAUCCCCGCAACAGGGUGAGCUCCCGUUGUUCGGUCCCUGCUCCUGCCAACCUAGCAUUUCGAAAACACGUCAAAGUGCAAGUAGAUAAAUAGGUACCACUCUGGCGGGAAGGUAAACGGUGUUUCUGUACGCUCCUCUGGUUCGCCAGAAGCGGCUUAGUCAUGCUGGCCACAUGACCCGGAAGCUGUACACCGGCUCCCUUGGCCAAUAUAGCGAGAUGAGCACCGCAACCCCAGAGUCGGUCAUGACUGGACCUAAUGGUGAGGGGUCACUUUACCGUUACCUCGGGUUAAGUACUUAAUUCGUUCCGGAGGUCCAUUCUUAACCUGAAACUGUUCUUAACCUGAAGCACCACUUUAGCACUGCUGCUGCGCGAUUUCUGUUAUCAUCCUGAAGCAAAGUUCUUAACUCAAGGUACUAUUUCUGGGUUAGCGGAGUCUGUAACCUGAAGUGUCUGUAACCUGAAGCGUCUGUAACCCGAGGUACCACUGUACCUUGAUUGCUGGGGAACAACAGCGGCAGAGGGCAAUUGCAGUCACGUCCUGCUUUUGGGCUUCCCAGGGGCAUCUAAUUGGCCACUGUGGAAAACAGGAUGCUGAACUAAAUAGUCUGACCCAGAAGGAUUGUUAUUUUCUCACUGCUCUAAACCAGGAGAGGACAAUGUGGUCCACUCCCAGUUGCAUUGGAACAUUCAGUGCAUAUUAUAAUUUUGUUGUAUACAGAGUUGUGUUUGUUUUGAUUCAAUUCAGUUCAAUUCUUGGUAUUCCUUCGUUGUCUGAUACUAAACCAGGAGAGGACAUUGUGGUCUCCUCUCAAUAGUGCUGCACUGCAACUCGCAUCAUCCUUGACCAUUUGGCCAUGCUGCCCGGGGCAGAUGGGAGUUGCUAUUCAACAACAUGUGAAAGGCGGCUUGCUAGCUACGCCUGUUCUACAUAAUAAGCCAACAAUAGUAAACACUAUUGUUCUUCCUGUAGCUAAGCGAUGGUUAGAACCUCAGUUCAUAGGUUGUCUCCUCUAGGCAAUCUCUGAGCAGUAAGCCAAGAACAAACUUCAGCUAUAGCUGUUGCUUUGACUGUAGCAAGAAAAACCCAUGAGCCCAGGUUCAAACGGUAAACCAAACCAUGGCUUAGCCCUGGGUCACGUGGCAGCAGCACAGUCAGAAUAUAAGCACAGGGCCUGUGAUGCUUGCUCUGGAACCUGCCCAUUCGCAGCAAACCACGGUGUGCUUUAGCAAUACAGUAGUACCUCGGGUUAAGUACUUAAUUCGUUCUGGAGGUCCGUUCUUAACCUGUAACUGUUCUUAACCUGAAGCACCACUUUAGCUAAUGGGGCCUCCCGCUGCUGCCACACCGUUGGAGCACGAUUUCUGUUCUCAUCCUGAAGCAAAGUUCUUAACCUGAAGCACUAUUUCUGGGUUAGCAGAGUCUGUAACCUGAAGCGUAUGUAACCUGAGGUACCACUGUAUUAGCUUAGUGUUACAUGCAAACUGGGUCUCCGGGUCUCCACCACAGAGACGCCAAGAUUAAGUUUGCUGAUCAGCUCACAAAUUAAUUUCUAAUUUGAAGCAGUAAUGGAAACGAUAUAAAUCUGGAAAAUAGCUGUUGCAUUUUUGCCUCUUCCCAAAGCUGACUUGUCAGUUGAGGAGCAUAUAAACGAGCAAAACAGGCAUUCCGAACUACUUUAUACAGUGCUAAGAAUAAGCAGCGGGACUUUCCAUGAUUUAGGAAUGACAAAGUCUCACAGCUGCCAGAGGUCAUGUUUCAUGGGGGGGGGGUGAAUUUUCAUUUGGCUCAAGAACUACAGCUGCUCUGCACGUCCCCCGGCCCACACCCGUUGCAACGUUGGAUACAGCCAUUUCUUUGGAAGACAGCUCAGUCAGUGGAGCAUGAGACUCUUAAUUUCAGGGUUGUGGGUUCGAGUUGCACAUUGAGUAAAAGAUUCCUGCAUUGCAGGGGGUUGGACUAGAUGACCCUCGGGAUCUAUGACCCUAUGAGCACCCCAGCUCAGAAAAGCUGCUUUUCCCUACCACCCUACCCCAUGCUUGUCCUGAUUUUUCUCAUCCUCCUUUUCACAGCAUCUGGGGUUUGGGUGUUGUUGUUUUUGGAGAUUCCUAUUUAACAGCUACUGAUGGGUGUCUGAAGGGUUCACCAGGAACCUCUGAUGUUAACGAGAAACCCAGGGUUCAACUAUCGAGCCAUCAUGCUUACAUGUUUACCCGGCUGCUAGUGCAAGAGUCCUUCAUGUUAUUUGGCAGCCCUGAUCAUCCAGCUUUUCAUGGCAGUGCCUAGAAUGACAACAGCUUUUGUAGCCAUAAAGCUCCCAUCUCCCGCUGCCCGGCAUUUUGGAAGAAAAGGACCACUGGGACCCAUGCCAAGUUGGCUGAGGUUUAAAAUAGACCCGGCUAGCUCACAUAAACACACUGCUGUACUCAUAAGGGAGCCCUGUGACUACUAUGGCAUUGAUAGGACAACAGCCUUUGAAAUUAAUGUCAGCUGUGACUCACACUAAAUCUUUUCAUCCGCACUGUAAACAGGACCCCUAAACUUUCGUUGCUGCACAUUGUCGAUGUGAAUGUGGAGAUUUAUCAGAUGUUGGAUGCUUACUGACUGCAGCGUACGUUACAAGCAUUUGUGACUUCAGCCUUUGUUGUAAAAGGGGAUCGUCUUUUGCAUAAGUGAAUCUGAUCUAUGCUGGCGCAUCCAGCAAUAAUUAUUUCAGGGCUGCUGGGAACUGCAGAUAUGAGAGGUUUGCACAUAAGACAUUAGGAAGCCCUGCUGGCCAUACCAUGUGCGGAGGGAGCUUCCUUCACCCUGUGUUCCGCUUGAUAUCGGAGCCUUCAGAAUCUCAUGCCUUUUCAUUGGACACAUUGGCUAUCUGGCGUCUCUGUUUACUUGGUUUAUGGCCCACUGCAGGUGUAAUUCGCACUAGGGAUCCUCCGUGUCCUUUGUUUAUUCCCUGUCACUGAGGAAGCACAGGCCAGUUCAACCUGCGCUGUAGAAAACUGUCUCCCUUCCUUGCAUAUCUUCACACACUCAAGAACACAUUUGGUUUAUCUCUCUCCCUUCCUGCUCCACUGCUCUUAACCAGUGUCGCAGGGGGGGGGGGAACCCCCAAUCAUUCAGUUUAUACAAACUCCACACACACACACACACACACACACACACACACACACACACGACAUACGCUACGCUUCUGUUAUAAAUUCAUAGAAAAUCAACCAUAUAUCGGAUCUGCACCGUUCCACUUUUAUUUUACUCCAUGAAGGAAGGACUACAAAAUGGGGAAGGUUUGAUACAGGGCAGCCAUAAUCCCUUGAGCAUACCAGCACAUACACAAGAGCCCUGCCCAGUUGCUAUGCCAACCCUGAUGGUCCUAGACCGAAGACCAUCAAGAUCACAAAGAACUUGCAUAUGGGAGUGGAUUCAGCACGGACUGGAACAAAGGACAAUGAUCAGCUCUUCCCUCUGUCUCCCCUUUGUCACCUGGAAAGUACUCAUGGGGAGGGGGAAAGGGGGAACCAGCCAGGUGACAGGACACUCAGAUUACCACCACAACUCCUCCCUCAACCCCUCCUUUUUGUGAUGUAUCAAUGAUGUAGUUGUGAUGUAGUUUUAGGGGUAUAUUUUGGGGGAUUAGUAACUAAUAAUAAAACUAAUAAAAGUUGGGGUCUUCUUUUGUUCUGGACUUCCAUUUUGCUUCAUCUUGUUGUGGGUGGGAGUCCUGUCGUGACAGUUUCCAUUAAAGGCCAAGCCUACAAGCUGCUGUUUUGCUCCAAAUUGUCCUGGUUGGUGUCUUUGUUUUUUGUCCAAGGGAGCCCUCGGAUUCCUCCGUUAACACCAGUUUGGGGAUGCCUGCUCUUAACCUUUCAAUUUCACACCUCUACUCCUUAUCUGCCUCUAGCUUUUCCUCUACACCCCACACUUAGAAGCUGUCUCCCUGCUGCUACUUCCAGCAACCUUACCCUGUUCACAUGCUUCUUCUCUCGACAUGCUUCUUUUGGGACGCAGGUGGCACUGUGGUCUAAACCACUGAGCCUCUUGGGCUUGCUGAUCAGAAGGUUGGCGGUUCGAAUCUCCGCAACGGGGUGAGCUGCCGCUGCUCUGUCCCAGCUUCUGCCAACCUAGCAGUUCGAAAGCACGCCAGCGCAAGUAGAAAAGUAGGUACAGCUGUGGCGGGAAGAUAAGCGGCGUUUCUGUGCGCUCUGGUUUCCAUCACGGUGUUCUGUUGCGACAGAAGUGGUUUAGUCAUGCUGGCCACAUGACCCGGAAAGCUGUCUGUGGACAAACGCCGGCUCCCUCAGCCUGAAGCAAGAUGAGCUCUGCAACCCCAUAGUCGCCUUUGACUGGACUUAACCAUCCUGGGGUCCUCUACCUCUACCUCUACCUCUCUUCAUUUCUCUCUGCUCCCUGAAGCACACACCUCUGCUAUCUCCGCUGCUUUCCCCUCUCUUCCCUCUGCUUCCCUCCAUCUCCUUUCUCUGUUGCUUAGCCUGUACACCCACCUACGCUGCCCCGCCCAUGGGUCUUUUAUCCUUUCAUGGGUGGGGCAUGGCAGUGUUCCCAAAGUGUUCCCCUUGGUGCCCAGCUUCCUAGCUGUGCCCUUCCCUUUCCUGGGCAGAUUGACAGCACAGAAAGACAGCUUCUCUGCUUCAGCCACUCUAUCUCUCUGCACAGAGCUCUGUGCAUGUCUGUUUUAUACACUACUUUGCAGGUAGGAAGCCUAUGACCCUCCUGAUAUUGUUGGAAUACAGUUCCUAUCAGCCCCAGCCAGCAGGGCCAGUUGUCAGGCAUGAUGGGAGUUGCCAUUUAGCAGCCGAACCCAAAGAGUACUCAUUCAUGGUUCCUCGUCAUCCGGGGGGGGGGGGAGCGACAAAUGGGGUGUUUCAGGGUUCUGCCCUGGGCUCGCUGUUGUUCAGCACCUUUAUAAAUGACUUGGAAGAAGGAAUUGAGGGGGUGCUCAUCAAAUUUGCAGAUGACACCUGUGGCGAUCACACAGGGUCCCCGGACGUUUAACGGUCUAUUGAUCCCUGUGCCACCACUGUGCUCGCUUCCCCGCUGCCACCAACCAGUUACUCUCUGGUAAAACACUGAGUCCAGUCAGUUGUUAAAAGUGAACCAAAAAAACAUGUUUAUUUUACAACAUUGACAAGUUUAUGGUUUCUCAGAUAGUAUUUCUGUCAGUAUCUUAACUUCAGUUUCUUUACUGGCCUAUACCUUUCUAAUACCUUCUGACUGAUUAUCUCAACUGUUUGACUGACUCCUCUUAACAAAUUCUCUCACUCUCUUACACUAGACUAGCCCAAUCCACAGACUUCUCUUCUCUGUCUCUGCUAACUCCAGACUGUCUUCUCAACCACCCUAACUCUAACUCCCUUCUCCUCCAAAAACCCUCUGUGCUUAAACCUUAUACACAAUUAACUCCACCCCUUGGGUUCACAUUGGUUAGUCAUAUUACAAUUAGUUAACCCUUUCCCUAUGAACCCAGUAUGAUGUCACACACAUAGGAGGGCAAACACCACAACACCAAACUGAGAAGGGUAGCUAAUGCUGCAAAAGACAGAAUCAGGAUUCAAAAUGACCUUAACGGAUUGGAGAACUAGGCUCAAGCUAACAAAAUGAAGAAAUGACACUCAUGUGAACCAAGCUGUGUUUUGUAAUGGGUUUCAAUGGUGAACCUUUCCCAUGGGUUCGCUGUUUCAAACUCCACCUUGCAUGUAGAAAAAUCGCAUGUCAGGAAGAAGGCUAGGCUUCCUGGUUUUCUGCGUCCUCCCCACCCACUUAAGUGUUCAGACAUGAACCCGUGUUUGCUCAGUCUGCUCACAUGCCAUGCCUGCAGCGUGAAAUGGUGCAACCUGGGCAAAUCUUCCGUUACUUGACCCAGCUGCCUAUCCAAAUGGGUUCCAAACCCUCCGUUUUUGUAUUGUACCCUGUAUGUUUCAUGCUGUUCCCCCUUUUACAGUGCAUCCUUCUUUACUUGCUAGGUACCCAGAUGAGCUGCUUUUCUCCAAGUACAUUUUCCUGGCGCCAGGCUGCUUACGUGGACUCCUACUGCUGGGCAGCUGUACAGCAAAAACAGCUUUCACAGAGCGACUCGGGGCACCUUCCACUCUGGCUUCAUAAAGUUUGUAUAAUUGGCCUUCGUCACCUUCUUUAUUCUGGGUAAUAAAAACCCAACUCAGACACCUGAAGCUGUAGCAUUGCAUUCCCACUAGCAUUCAUGGUUUUUCUCAUGUUAAUGUACGAGCUAUAUUUUCUCUGUGGUUUGAUUGUUAUCGUUCAUUAGUUGCCUUUUGCCCUAAUGCCCCAGAGCUUUUAAACUUGUUGUUGUUAGAAGUAGUAGUUCAAUUUUUUUUGAAAAAAUUGCAAUCAUAGUCCCCAUGACCCAAUUAUGUCUGUUUCCAUUUGAAAGCAGCAAAUUAUAGGGUAGAAGGUUUCCUAAUCUGUGCCGUUUCAAGUGGAAUCAUUUCAUAAUUAAAUAUUCUCUCUCACAACACAUAUUGAAAGCAGCCUUCCUUGAAACGGGGGGGGGGGGGGAGAAAUGCCAGGAAGAAGAGCUAGCAAUCACAUCCAUACUAUAGAUUUGAACCACAUUUAACAUGAAUAGCCUCCCCCAAAGAAUUCUGGGAACUGUACUUUAUCCCUCACCUGCAUUGUCAGUGUGAGGAAAGCAGUAUGAGCAGAAGGACAAUUAGGAAACAGGGGAUUGUGUGUAGGUUAACAAAGCAAGCAAGGACACAGUCCCUAGAGGAAAUAAAUGAGUUGGGACUGUUGUUUAUACUUAACAAAUGCUGCUGCGGGUCAUGGAAAUUUAUGUCGCCACGCAUUCGUGAUUGGGGUCAUAGGGCUCUUCGCUUGGUUUUGCAGGCAGUCUUUUUUAUAUAUAUAUAUAAGAUAUUUAUUAAGGUUUUUUGAAAUAUUACAGUGAAAAUGAAAAGGAAAAAAGAAAAAUACAAAAUAAAAACAGUUAAAAACACACAUAUUUUCUAUUACUUAUUUUCCUUUAGCUUGUUUCCCGGACCUCCUCGUACCUCCCUGUUUUGUAUUCCACUUCAAUUUAUUGGUACAGCAAAUCCUUACCAUUAGAUUUUAACCCAUUUAUAACCCUUUUUAUUCUCUUAGAACAUUACAGCUGGAAACCGCUUAAUUACUAUCCAACAUCAUUCUAUCAUUCAUUAAUUUUACAAUAUUUCUGUAAAUAGUCUUUAAAUUUCUUCCAAUCUUCUUCCACCGACUCUUCUCCCUGGUCUCGGAUUCUGCCAGUCAUUUCUGCCAAUUCCAUAUAGUCCAUCACCUUCAUCUGCCAUUCUUCCAAAGUGGGUAGAUCUUGUGUCUUCCAAUACUUUGCAAUGAGUAUUCUUGCUGCUGUUGUAGCAUACAUAAAAAAAGUUCUGUCCUUCUUUAGCACCAAUUGGCCGACAAUGCCCAGAAGAAAGGCCUCUGGUUUCUUCGGGAAGGUAUAUUUAAAUAACUUUUUCAGUUCAUUAUAUAUCAUUUCCCAGAAAGCCUUAAUCCUUGGGCACGUCCACCAAAGGUGAAAGAAUGUACCUUCAGUUUCUUUACAUUUCCAGCAUUUAUUGUCGGGCAAAUGAUAGAUUUUUGCAAGCUUGACUGGGGUCAUGUACCACCUGUAUAUCAUUUUCAUAAUAUUCUCUCUUAGGGCAUUACAUGCCAUAAACUUCAUACCUGUGGUCCAUAACUGUUCCCAGUCAGCAAACAUAAUAUUAUGUCCAACAUCUUGUGCCCAUUUAAUCAUAGCAGAUUUCACCGUUUCAUCCUGAGUAUUCCAUUUCAACAGCAAGUUAUACAUUCUUGACAAAUUCUUAGUUUUGGGUUCUAACAGUUCUGUUUCUAGUUUUGAUUUUUCCACCUGGAAGCCAAUUUUCUUAUCCAAAUUAUAUGCCUCCAUUAUCUGAUAAUAAUGAAGCCAAUCUCUCACUUUGUUUUUUAGUUUCUUGAAACUCUGCAAUUUCAAUUUGUCUCCUUCUUGUUCCAAAAUUUCCCAAUAUUUCGGCCAUUUGGCCUCCAUAUUGAGCCUUUUCAGAGCUUUCGCUUCCAUCGGUGACAACCACCUUGGGGUUUUAUUUUCCAAUAAAUCCUUGUACCUUAUCCAAACAUUAAACAGUGCUUUCCUGACAAUAUGAUUUUUAAAUGCUUUAUGUGCUUUGACCUUAUCAUACCAUAAAUAUGCAUGCCAUCCAAAUACGUUGUUAAAACCUUCUAAAUCCAAAAUGUCUGUAUUUUCAAGAAGUAGCCAUUCUUUCAACCAGCAAAAAGCUGCUGAUUCAUAAUAAAGUUUAAAGUCUGGCAGGGCAAAUCCACCUCUUUCCUUUGCAUCAGUUAAUAUCUUAAAUUUUAUUCUGGGCUUCUUGCCCUGCCAGACAAAUCUAGAAAUAUCUCUCUGCCACUUCUUGAAACAGUCCAUCUUGUCCACAAUUUGCAAUGUCUGAAACAAAAACAACAUUCUAGGCAAUACAUUCAUUUUUAUCACAGCAAUACGACCCAACAGUGAAAGCUUCAAAUUUGACCAGAUUUCUAAAUCUUUUUUCACUUCUGUCCAACAUUUUUCAUAAUUAUCUUUAAAUAAGUUCCCAUUUUUGGCUGUCAUAUUAAUCCCCAGGUAUUUCACUUUCUUAACCACAGUCAGGCCUGUCUCAUUCUGAAACCUCUCUCUUUCAAUCGGUGUUAAAUUUUUCUCUAAAACCUUAGUUUUUAGCUUGUUCAAUUUAAAUCCUGCCACUUGACCAAAUUCUUGAAUUAUUUCUAAAACCCUUUUAGUACUAGAUUCUGGCUCCUGUAACGUCAAUACUAAGUCAUCUGCAAAUGCUCUCAGUUUGUACUGUUUGGCUCCGACCUGUAUACCUUUAACCAACCGGUCCCUUCUAAUCAUAUUCAGCAGAACCUCCAGGACCGAUAUAAAAAGCAGUGGGGAGAUUGGGCACCCCUGUCGUGUCCCUUUUUCUAUCUUAAAUUCUUCCGUGACCACAUUAUUUACAAUUAAUUUAGCCUUUUGUUCAGAGUAUAUUGCACCUAUACCAUUUUCAAAACCUUGGCCUACCCCCAUCCCCUGUAGAUUCUUCUUCAUGAAGCUCCAAGAGAUAUUGUCAAAAGCUUUCUCCGCAUCCACAAAUAUCAGAACUGCUUUAGUGUUUAUAUUCACUUCUAGUUUUUCCAAAAUAUCAAUUAUAUUCCUCAAAUUAUCAGACAAGUGUCUUCCUGGGAGAAAGCCCGCUUGGUCUUUAUGAAUCUCUUCCAUCAAUACUUUUUUCAAUCUCUUGGCCAAAAUGUCUGCAAAAAUUUUGUAAUCCACAUUAAGUAACGAUAUAGGGCGGUAGUUCUUAAGCUGAGUCUUUUCAGUCUCUGUUUUAGGUAUAAGUGUAAUGUACGCCUCUUUCCACGACUCUGGUGCCCUUUUCCCUUCCAAAAUUUCAUUGCAGACUUCCUUCAAAGGUUGCAAUAGCCACUCUUUCAAGGAUCUAUAAUAUCUAGAAGUCAGCCCAUCCGGUCCUGGAGAUUUGCCCAAUUGCAUGUUUUGAAUGGCACCUUCCACUUCCUGUUCAGAUAUUUUAUAGUUCAGCAUUAAUUUACUUUCUUGAGAGAUUUUUUGUAAUCCAUUUGUCUUCAAGAAUCGGUCUAUGUCCAUUUCUUUCUGUGGCCCUUGCGUGUAUAAUUGUUUAAAGUACCUCUGGAAACAGUUUCUAAUCUCAGUUGGGUUAUGUAUAUUCUUUCCUUCCACUUCUAAGUUUGUAAUAGUAUUUAAUUUUUGUCUUUUUUUCAUUUGCCAGGCCAACAAUUUCCCACAUUUAUUAGCUGAUUCAAAUGUUUUUUGUCUCAUUUGUUUAAUUUUCCAUUCUAUUUCCUGAUUCAUCAUUUUCAUGUAUUGUACUUGAUAUAAUUUUAUUUCUCUCAGAAUCUCCUGCGACUUUGGUUUUGCUCUCAAUUUCUUCUCACUUUCUUUUAUUUUCUCCAAAAUUUUAUCUUCCUUCUCAUUCUGACUUCUCUUCUUUAUUGCAUUCUGUUGUAUCAGAAACCCUCUCAUGACCGCUUUGCUUGCGUCCCAGAUUACUCUUUUUUCUACAUUGGUGUUCAUAUUUAUUUCAAAAUAGUCUCUCAGAGUUUUUUGGGCCUUUUUAUAUACUUGUUCAUCUCUAAAUAAGGUGUCAUUCAUCCUCCAUCUGAAGGAUCCGGUUGAUAUUUGUUUCAUCUCCAUCCUUACAGCGUUAUGGCCGGAGCAGGUUUUUGGGCAGAUUUCUACUUUCUUUAUCUUUGGUGCCAUUCCUCUAGUUAUCCAUAUUUGGUCAAUUCUAGUCCAUGUCAUAUUGGCUUCAGAAAAGAAGGUUCCCUCUCUUCCCAAGGGGUUCUUUACUCUCCAGAUAUCCACUAAGUCUAUAUUGUCUGUCAUCUCAAAAAAAUGUUUUUGGUAGUCUACCAUCCUUGGUAACUACCUGUCUUUGUGCCUUAUCCAUGUUUGUAGAUACUACUCCAUUCAUGUCCCCCAUCAAAAUCAAGUUGUAAUCCAAAUAGUCCAGUAAAGUCUCGUGCAACUUUUUAAAGAAUUCAGAUUUCCCCUCAUUCGGUGCAUAAAUUCCAACUAUCAAGAAUUUCUCUCCUUGAACUUGAAUUUCAAUUGCCAAAAAUCUUCCUUGGUCAUCUUUAAAAAUUAAUUUCGGUAAUAGUCUCUCCUUUGCAUAUAUCACAACUCCUCUUUUUUUAACUUUGUCAGAUGAGAUAAACUCCUGUCCCAAUCUUUUAUUAAUCAGUAGUUUCCUGUGUAGCCUUGUUAUAUGUGUUUCUUGUAAACAAAUCAAGUCCAAUUGUUCCUUUUUUAGUAGAUGAAAAACACUUUUUCUCUUUCGAGGGGAAUUCAAACCAUUACAAUUCCAGCUUAACAGUUGCAGAGCCAUGAUGGGGUUACUUCACUUUACCUCCAACUGCACCAAGUGUCUGUUCUUGUUCUGUAGAUAGUGUCUCUUUCUCUGGGCCGUGCAAUCCAAAAGAUAAGUUUGCUAUGUCUAGUAUGCCUUUUGGCUCUUCUCCAGAUCCCGCUUCUUUCUGUAGGUCUUCUUCGUGAUCUUUCAAGAACCUGUCCUUAUCAUUAACUGAUCUUAUUUUUAUCUUUCUUCCUUUGUAUUUAAAGGAUAGGCCUUGAGGAAAUUCCCACCUGAAAAGAAUUCUAUUUCUUUUCAACAGGGCAACUAGGUCUCCGUAGUUAAACCUUAAGUCCAAAAGAUGUUUUGGAAUGUCCUUAAAUAUCACCACACUUGAGUCGUAAAUUUCCAAAGUCUUUUGAUAGUGCAAAUUCAAAAUUUUGUCUCUCUCUUCUUUUGUUCGAAGGGUAAUCAAGCAGUCCCUCACCUUGUUCCUGCUUUGUCCUCUUCCAAAUCUAAAUGCAUUCACUAUCUUAAAUUCUUCCUUCCCCAAGUCCUGUUGCCAAAAAUCUGUAAAUUCCUGUGUAAGAAAGUCAGCCAGGUUGUCUUUCUCCCGUUCUGGUACGGCCCUGAUUCUUAAAUUUCUUUGUCUCUCUUUCAAUUCAAUCAUAGACAAUGUCAAAUCGUGGUCCUCCAAUUUCUUAUAUACUGGUGGUAUCUUCUCUUGAAUAGCAGUUGCAAUAUCUUUUGCUUCUUCGGCUAUCUUUCGGGUCGAAGCAGAUUCCUGUAAUAAUUUUUCAAUAGACUCUGUAUUGGUGUUCACCUUCUGUCCCAAAUUAUUAAUACUUGUAGUAUUCAGAUCAAUUUUACCUGAUGCUUCAGCUACUUGUUUAUUAGUCUCAGCUACCUGCUUAGCUAAUUUUUCCAAAGAUUCAUUAAUUUUUCCAAGUGCAUGUGCCAAAACGUCUUCGGACGACAUAACUUUUGGUUUGACCUGUGGGGGUGCAGCCCCUGAUGUUCCAGAUGCUCCAGAUGUUGAAGCCCUUCGCUGCUGCGCAGUAUCUGUCCAAUAGUGUCUGCCAGACCUAGUAGUUUUUUCCUGCGCCAGCUCUAUCUUUCCUUUCCCAUCUGCCAUAACACGCAGGCAGUCUUUUUGAAGCGCAUUCACUUUGCUGUCGUUCUUGCAAGUUUACAGCAGUGCUAAUUCAGAAUGCUAAAGCAAGAGAGAAGCAGCUGCUUCUUACCUAAAGAAAGCGAGGAAUGGGCAGAUGAGCUUGCAGGGGAAGAAAACAAGGUCAAGGGGAAAGUUUGAGAGCCAGAAAGCAGUUGAAUGCAAAUAGGCUUCUCAUCUAGUCUUAAUUCUCUAGCUGUUACCCAAAAAAACACAAAAGGUCCUCUUGGUUGGAGUAAGAGCUCUUCAAGACUGAUUAGAUUCCCCGACGGUUCCAAAGAUUGGACCAUUUCCCAGAUACAGACUCAAUCUGUAGAGGAAUAAAGAAUGUGUGAGCCAGGCAGCCGACACGGUUUCAGCCUGACCUCAGCUCCACUUCCAUGUGUUCCCAUACUGCCGCAGCUCCUCUUGUCUAAUUUCCCCCCACUACAUCACAAUGGAGUCUGAAUUCUCAAGGCACAGCUUAAGAUUCCAAUUUGCUCUUACAGCCCACGUUCGUGUUCUUCCUAUCAACCUGUUGUUUUGAGUUGUCCUUCGUCCCAAGGCCAUUCACAGCCGCUUGUGAUGCAACAACAUCAGUAGUGAGCCGUACUUAACCGCAUCAGUCUGCUACUGCUCCUACACCCUCUCUGGCUUUGGGUGGCCAACUUUUUUCCAUUGGUCCUGCUCCUUCCCUUUUACAGCCUCUGGCAUCCCCCAAAAAGAGGACACUUCUGCUGUCAUGUUAGCAUGAUAAGAUGCUCUGUAUCUGGUUUUUCAGUCUGCUGUUAAAAUUGCAGCAGCAGUGUCAGCUAAAAUGUUAGCAUGCUUACUCUUAUUUAUUCAUGUACCGUAUUUUUCGCUCUGUAAGACGCACCAGACCACGAGAUGCACCUAGUUUUUGGAGGAGGAAAGCAAGAAAAAAAAUAUUCUGAAUCUCAGAAGCCAGAACAGCAAGAGGGAUCGCUGCGCAGUGAAAGCAGCAAUCUCUCUUGCUGUUCUGGCUUCUGUGAUAGUUGCGCAGCCUGCAUUCGCUCCAUAAGACGCACACACAUUUCCCCUUACUUUUUAGGAGAGAAAAAGUGAGUCUUAUAGAGCAAAAAAUACGGUAUUUUAAAGACGCUAUAUUCUGCUCUUUAGUGGUGCUUCCAAGGCAAUCAGCCUCAGUCUCUUGCACAAUCCUAGGCAAGUCUACUGAGAAGUAUACCCGUUUAAGUUAGUGGGACCUAUUCCCAGAUAAGUGUGGACAGGAUUGCAGGAAAUGUUAUUAUUAGUACGCUUUCCAGACCUGUAUCGCAAAAUAAUCCCAAUAUUAGGAAUAAAGGAAACUGCCCUGUACUGAAUCACACCAUUGAUCUAUCUAGCUUGGUUCUGUCUACACUGGUUGGCAGGAGCUCUCCAGGAUUUCAGAUAUUCCCAGCCCGACCUGGAAAUGCUGGCUAAGUUUUGUUUUUGUUUUUGUUUUUUUCCAAUAAUAUUUAUUAAGUUUCAUACAAAUACAACACAUACUAUAAAAUCAAUGAAACAAAAAUAAAAUAAAAAAUAAAAAUAAAAAUAAAACAAAUAUAGCAAAUGAUAACCAAAAAUACAACCACAAACACAUAAACAAUAAAAAAAAUUAAUUAAUUAAACUUCCAACUUCUUAAACGUAUUACUUGGCUUCCUCUAAUCUCUUCCAUCUGAAUUUCCUUGUACCUGAAUGUAGCAGUUUUCCAAUAUCGUUAUUCAAAAAUACAAUAUUCCAAUUAUAAUCAAACUUCUUAACUUUUCUUAAUCUCUAUGUCUCAUUUAUUUAUUGAGUCCUAAUUUAAUGCUAGGCCUAUUUAGUACCUUCAAGUAACUACUAAUCUUUAAUAUUCGACCUUCUGCCUACAAAGCAAAUGCUCUAUCACGGAGCCACAAAUUCAGUUUGCAAAGCGUCUCAGCAGUCCUGCUUGCGUCUUACUAUUUAGCAGAUUGCGGAUGGAUCUGAGCUAAUUCCUUAUCCCGGUUAUUUUCUUCCGCAGUUUUUCCCAUACAUCCUCCUGCUGGUUGCAAUCCUACUGUACCUGCCAUGUCUCUUCUGGCGCUUCACCUCAGCCCCCCACCUUUGCUCAGACCUGAAAUUUAUUAUGGAAGAACUCGACAAAUCCUAUAACAGGGCAAUCAAAGCCGCAAACAGCUGCCGCAAUGGGGAUGUGAGGGGCUCAUCUCCGGCCAUUAAUGAGAAUAUGGCUCAGAGGUAACAUCCCACUCCUUUCCAUUUUCUAAAAUUAAAAUGAACUUGAGUUGGAAUAAUAGGUAAGCUACUCACAUCCAGAGUCUGACAACUUUUGGAGGGCCACAGGGCCCCCAUUCUUGACUUAGGUAAUAGGAGGCUUUUCUUCAGCUGCACCUGCCAUCAGAAGUUAGGCAGGUGGCAAUCAGAAAAGAGCCUUCUCUGUGGUGGCCCCUCAGUGUUGAAGCACUGUCCUCAGAGCUGCUCACCUGGCUCACCUUUUUAAUUGAAUUUCAAGCAGUUCUCCAUUCUGCCAUCCCAUUGCAAACCCCUCCCCCCCCCACACCAUCAUCAACCUCAUGAGAGCCAGUGUAGUGUGGUGGUUAAGAGCAGUGGACUCGUAAUCUGGUGAACUGGGUUCGCUUCCCCGCUCCUCCACAGGCAGCUGCUGGGUGACCUUGGGCUAGUCACACUUCUCUGAAGUCUCUCAGCCCCACUCACCUCACAGAGUGUUUGUUGUGGGGGAGGAAGGGAAAAGGAGAUUGUUAGCCGCUUUAAGACUCCUUAGGGUAGUGAUAAAGCAAGGUAUCAAUCCAAACUCCUCCUCUUCUUCAUGUUGGAGGAAGUAGACUCUCACCUGCAAAAGCAUGCACUGAACACAGUAGUCUUUGGGGUGCCAUGAUGCACUCUGUUGUUUUUGCAGUUGCUCUUCCAGGACGCAUCUGAAAAAAAUAUGACAUUGGUGCUUUGGAAUCUGAGCCCUCCCAGUUUUGUGUGUGUGUGUGUUGUGCAGCAUCUGAGCAAAUGAAAUCAUGGUGUGAUGGCUCUGAAUAUUGUCUCUUUGGUGUGUCUCCCCCCCCCCCCCAGUUUCUGGGAAAUAUCCGAGAGCCACUUCAAAUACCCCAUUGUGGAACAGUACCUGAAGACGAAGAAGGGCUCCAAGAGCUUAAUAAUCAAGUACAUUAUUUGCCGAUUGCUGACCCUGAUGAUCAUUCUGCUCUCCUGCCUCUACUUGGGAUAUUACAUCAGCCUCUCCUCAAUGACCGAUGAGUUUAUCUGCAACAUCAAAACCGGGAUAUUGAAGAACGACACCACUGUUCCCGAACGCUUCCAGUGCAAACUGAUUGCCGUCGGUGUCUUCCAGCUCCUCAGCUAUAUCAACAUCAUAGUGUACCUCUUGCUCAUGCCCAUUGUGGUCUAUGCGCUGCUGGUCCCUUUCAGGCAGCGCUCAGACAUUCUGCAAGUGUACGAGCUCCUGCCGACGUUUGACGUCCUCAAAGUCAAAACCAAACACUACAACGACUUGAGCCUCUACCUCCUCUUCCUCGAGGAGAAUGUCAGCGAGCUUAAAUCUUACAAGUGCCUCAAAGUUCUGGAGAACCUGAAAGGCAGCGGCGAGAAGUUCGACCCCAUGCAACUCCUGAUGAAUCUCGGCUCGAUUAAAACGGACGUUGCAGACGGCAAGUCAGCCACCAUCAAAGAGGACUCUGGAAAGAAAGCAGAGCCGGAAAAGACAAACAGUGCGCUAGAACUGAAGGGUAAAGUCGUUUCGCUUCGGUUUGCUUCCUUUUAUGUUAUGCAUAUAUCACUGCUCCUAAUACAUUGAUCAAAGUGGUUUGCAAGUUUUUAAAUACCAUAUUUUUUGCUCUGUAAGACUCACUUUUUCCCUCCUAAAAAGUAAGGGGAAAUGUGUGUGCAUCUUAUGGAGCGAAUGCAGGCUGCGCAGCUAUCCCAGAAGCCAGAACAGCAAGAGGGAUCGCUGCGCAGCGAUCCCUCUUGUUGUUCUGGCUUCUGAGAUUCAGAAUAUUUUUUUUUCUUGUUUUCCUCCUCCAAAAACUAUGGUCUUAUGGUCUGGAGCGUCUUAUAGAACGAAAAAUACGGUACUACACAAAAAGCUAUAAAACACUUCAUUUUGUUAAGGAUUAAAAAAACGCCACAGCUAAAACAAGCAAACAGACCUGUGCAUUUUGAGGAGGAGGUGUAUUAAUUGCCUCAUGCUAAUGCCUCCAGAUAAUUUACAAAAGCAUAUCAUAAGUGUAAAGUUAUGAAAUGCAGCAGCUUAAAACACCGUAAAACAAUGCCAUUCUGUCAAACCUUUCUACAUGUAGACUUAAAGUAGCGUUUGGGAUAUGAAGUCAUGGAUCACACAUCCAAUGUGUUUUCAUCUUGAAGUAAGCCUGCUGAAUUCAAAGGGAUUUAUUCCCCACCCCUCAAAUGUGUACAAGAUGGUCACCCCAAUGUCUUUAAAUUUUAAAUAUCAGUUAGGAAAGAAAUGCUGUGGACUACUACCCUACAAGCCUUAUUUCACACUUGCUCCAUUCCUGGAGUUAUACCCCAGAUAUCCUAGAAUCUGUGGGUAUUUCUCAAAUGCCUCUGAUAUUAUUAUUAUUAUUAUUAUUAUUAUUAUUAUUAUUAUUAUACCACCCUAUAGCCAGAGGUCUCAGGGUGGCUCACAGAAAAAAAUCAAAAUAUAAAACCAAAAAAUGUAUAAUCAAAAUAAAAACAACAAUUCAAUAACCCCCCUAAUGUAAGGAUCAGGCUACAAACCUGCAGACAGCUAGGGAGGCAACUUCAACAGCCUAGAUAGACACAUAAAGGGACCCCUGACCAUUAGGUCCAGUCGUGACCGACUCUGGGGUUUCGGCGCUCAUCUCGCUUUAUUGGCCGAGGGAGCCGGCGUACAGCUUCCGGGUCAUGUGGCCAGCAUGACUAAGCCGCUUCUGGCGAACCAGAGCAGCGCACAGAAACGCCGUUUACCUUACCGCCGGAGCGGUACCUAUUUAUCUACUUGCACUUUGACGUGCUUUCAAACUGCUAGGUUGGCAGGAGCAGGGACCGAGCAACGGGAGCUCACCCUAUUGCGGGGAUUCGAACCGCCAACCUUCUGAUUGGCAAGUCCUAGGCUCUGUGGUUUAACCCACAGUGCCACCCAUAUCCCAGAUAGACACAUAGCUACAGUCUUAAACUAUGUGAAGGACUGGAAGCUCCUCUUCUCUCUCUCUCUCUCUCUCUCUCUCACACACACACUCUCACACACACACACACACACACACACACACACGGACAUUGUGUUUGAGGGCAACAAGACUACUUGUUUGUGAUUUCUAUGGAAAAGGAUAACUGAGCUUCCAUUUGCCGCGACUUGUUGUCUUUCAGAUGCAACAGAACAGACGUCACCUGGCAACGGAGCAGAAGCAGGUAAAGAAGACGCCAAACUUCGCCAGAGGCUUCUUGAUUCUUCGUGCUGAUGGGCCCACGUAGCAAUUUGUGGAUUGGGACUGUUCUUUCCAGUUACUCCAGCGUAAGCCAUACUGAACACUGGGUGCUCGCCUCAUUGUUGAGUGUGUAAGGGGGCUGGGCCUAAGGGCAAACCAUAGUUUACAAGCUUUUUAUAUGCCUAUGUUUACAUGCCUGCCCAGCCCCUAUGUCUUAUGGCCUACUGUUGAGGUUAUUUAUGCCAAUUCUGUGGGGUAGAAACGAUGGAAGAAAGUCCACAUUGUAAGUAGGACACAGAGAGAAAUAUCCUGGAUGACCUGAAGGAAAAAGGAGUUAGCUUUUCUCACCAAUGGAACGCUUGGGGCCUAGUUGUACACAGGUGUGGAUAUCACAGCAUAAGCCUAACUAUGUCUACUCUGAAGUAAAUCCUAUUGAUUUGCAGCCUUAAUCACUCUACACUUGAGUCUGGUUUGCAUGUGUGCAUGUACGCACUUGUUUCCCGUUUGAUUAAUGACCAUGCACUUAAAACCAAGGUAACCAACAACUUAAGCUCUGAAAUUAGGAAUAUUUCAUGGACUUGGAUCAACGCACAUGGCACAAAGAGGUGGACUGAACUGUGGGGAUAAGACUGCAGAGGGGGAAAUGCUGGUGGGUUUUUCAUGAUCUUUCCAAAGAUGGGGAAAUCAUGAUCUCUUUCAGUUGUUUGUUGAAACAAAUACGCACCUGCUAAAUACAUACAUAUUAAUCUGCUGUGGUGUCAGAACCGCCACUGUGAUUGCACAGAGGGAUGCUAUGAGAAUAUACAUAAUAAUUCAGGUAACGCGGAUAAACGGUGCUCCUUGUGUUCUUGUUAUUUCAGUUGUGAUGCACAUGCAAGAGAUCCUUGUGCCCCUUAGGAUUUUCCCGCAAUCUUCUGUGUGGGACUUUCUGUGGUCAGCUGCUACUGUGCUUCCAGGGAAGGUGCCCUACAGUCACCCCUGCCCCUUAGAAACAAUGGUGAGGACAGCCCUAAAAACUGAAUAAGGCCUGUUGCUUUUGGAAGUUGACUGACUGCGAAACUGGGCUUUCUUUGCAGCCGGGGUUCCUCCUUGCACAGAGGAACUCCUCAUGCGCACAAGUGUAGAUCUCUUUCCCAUUAUAUCCAACAGCAUGGAUGUAGCAGGCAGCAGCAGCCAGGAUGCAGUCGUGGCAUGACAGAAGCAACAGCAGUGAGUGGCUUUUAGGGACCGCAGUCCUCUCAGGUGCUCUUCAAACUGCAAGCAGAAAAACCUCUUUUAAGGACGAGGGUGCUUGUUUUGAAAAACACCAUUUCAGCGCUCUCCACAUUGAUGCAGUGUUUUCUUCUAUUGCUACUUGUGUUAUGCCGGCAUCUGUGGAGAACCUUUGUGCCCCCGGAUGUCCCUGAGCUACAAGUCCCCUCUUCAUGGGCCAUGCUGCUGGGGCAGAUGGGAGCUGUAGUUUAACAAAGGGCCAGAGGUACCUGUAUUAAGGGAGAUUUGACAAAGAUCUGUGAUAGGGCUAAAACCAACCUUAACCUUACCAACUGUUGCCUUCAGCAUUCAGUGUCAGUGGUCUUUUUAACAGUGACAAAAUGCAGCUAACUGUGUGAUUAUUCACGGCUUAAAGGGAGGUUUUGUCAUGUGCAGCCCGGACACUGAGGUCCAGCUCUGAGGGCCUUCUGGCACGAAGUGAGGUUACAGGGAACCAGGCAGAGGGCCUUCUCGGUAGUGGCGCCCGCCCUGUGGAACAACCUCCUACCAGAUGUCAAGGAAAUGAACAACUAUCGAUCUGACUUUUAGAAGACAUCUGAAGGCAACCCUGUAUCGGGAAUAUUUUUUAAAAUGUCUAAUGUUUUACCAUUUUUUUAUGUGCUGUAAGCUGCCUAGAGUGGCUGGGGAAACCCAGCCAGAUGGGCAGAGUAUAAAUAAUAAAGUUAUUGUUAUUAUUAUUUACUCGUGGUAUGAUGUAGGGGAAGAUUGUAGAUCUGUAAUCCCUGUCCAACCCCCAGGAUAAAGGACUGCUGUGGCGUUCGUACGGAGCCCCUGGUCGUCUCACGGACUAUUAACCCGUACACCAUUAAUCCACUGCUACCAACCAGGUCCUCCCCGGUAAAUCACUUAGUCUCCGUCAGGUUCUUAAGUUCACAAAGAAGAGUGUAGUUUACUGCAGACACAAACAAACUUUAACUGCAUUCCAAACGUUGUUUCUCUUUACCUUCUUGGUCUUAUUUUAUCCUGUCUCUAUCUCGUCUACCUCCCCUCACACAAGAACCAAUUGCACUGUCUCUCUAUUUCCAACUGCUUUUCCAUCUGCCUUUCCCAACCAGCCAACCCACUACCCACAACCCAAACUUCGGGCUAAGCCCUUUUAUAAACAGGUAGGCUCCGCCUCCAGCUUUCCUAUUGGUCCACAUACUAACCCUUUCUCUCCCCCUGUACAGACAUUUUCAAACGAACAGGGAAACGCCACAUCUGCCAAUUGCAGUAUAGCCUUUGAGACUUUGAAAGCUGCUGCCACUUGUAGUAGGCAGACCACUUUUACAUGUAUAUGUAUAUAUGUAUAUGUAUAUAUUUGUGUGUGUGAUCAUGUUCACUUUGUAUAGGAGUAUUGCAUGGAGUAGACUUGGGGGGGAUUUGCAUAAGACAUUGACAGCUUGAAACAUUUCAAGGACUACUGCAAUUAUGUUUGAACAAAACGCCUAACUGCACUGUGUCAACAGUAAGAUUUGUUGCAUUUGUUAGUGGCUGAACCAAAAGCCAUUUAUAAAAUAAUGUGUCUGAAUAAAUGUUGCCUCCUUGUG